UCUCUUCAUUUAAACAGAAGCGGUAAAAGCAGUACAAAAUUUCAUUGAAACCUAUUAAUUGUUUUCCGCAAAGUUUCUUGUAAAAAUUUUUUUGUGGAAUACUGAUUUUUGUUCACUUGAGUGUGCUUAGCGGAUGUAAGGUACUAUUUUGGGUAACUAUGGGUUGCAGAUGAGUAAGUAGGAACAGAUAAUACAUCUCACAAAGAUGGAGGAAUCGAAAGAGGAAGCAGACAUAUGUCGAGUUUGUCGAGCGGAAGGAACGAAAGAAAAGCCGCUGUAUCACCCUUGCAUAUGUACUGGAAGUAUAAAAUAUAUACAUCAAGAAUGCUUGGUUCAAUGGCUAAAACAUAGUAAAAAAGAAUAUUGUGAGUUAUGCGCACAUCGAUUUACUUUCAAGCCAAUUUAUUCUCCCGACAUGCAAAGGCUACCUCUAACAGACUUUGCCAGUGGUCUUGCCAGGACCAUCAUGAGAGCGAUACGUUUUUGGUUUCAUUAUCUGUUAGUUGCUUUUGCAUGGCUUGGUGUUGUUCCCCUUACCGCUUAUCGUAUUUACCACUGUUUGUUUGCUGGUACCAUGAGUUCGUUGCUGACUCUACCUCUUGAUAUGCUAUCAACGGAGAAUCUUAUCCCCGAUUGCAUUAAAGGAUGUUUUGUUGUUGCAUGCACAAUGUGUGCAUUCAUCAGUCUUGUUUGGUUACGUGAACAAAUCGUUAUGAAUGGUGGGCCAGCAUGGCUUGAGCCUCAAGAAGAUAAUGCACCUGUUGUUGAUGGACUUAUUAAUGAGAAUUUAGCUAAUGAUGAAGAUGGCCAGGGAGUUGCUGUGGAAGAAAAUGAUGGUGGACUUGAAGCAGCGGAAGUAGAACAGGCUGAACAUAAUAUUCCUAACAUUCCUGAAGAAGGAAAUAAUUGGAAUCCUGUGGAGUGGGAUAGAGCUGCUGAAGAAUUAACAUGGGAAAGGAUGUUGGGUUUGGAUGGUUCUCUUUUAUUUCUUGAACAUGUAUUUUGGGUGGUGUCUUUAAACACCUCAUUCAUAUUAGUGUUCGCCUUCUGUCCUUUUCAUGUUGGUCAUUUUGCAGCCUUCUUGUUGUCACUGGAUGAUGUGAUUAAAUCAUCACAUUUAGAGAAGCUUUUAACAACUAUCCUUGGAUAUUUUAUCCUUGCAGCGACUCUAGUCUUCUGUCACAGCAUGGUUUCCUUACUCAAAAUGAAAAAAGCAAAGCGUAUUCUUGGAUUAUGUUAUAUUAUUGUAAAGGUAUCUCUGCUAAUGGUGAUCGAAAUUGGCGUUUUUCCUUUAAUCUGUGGCUGGUGGUUGGACAUUUGCUCCUUGCCAUUGUUUGGUACAACAUUAAAGAAUCGUCAAGAAGGUUUUCAUUCCGCUCCUGGAACCUCUCUUUUUCUUCAUUGGCUCGUCGGAAUGGUGUUUGUUUUCUAUUUUGCAUCAUUUGUGCUUUUACUUCGUGAGGUGAUCAGGCCGGGAGUUUUGUGGUUUUUGAGGAAUUUAAAUGAUCCCGACUUCCAUCCUGUUCAAGAGAUGGUUCACCUUCCGUUAUAUCGUCAUGUAAGACGUUUCAUUCUUUCCAUGGUCGUAUUUGGCACCACCGUACUUCUAAUGGUUUAUUUUCCUGUUCGAUUCAUUAAAUACUUGAUGCCAAAGUUUUUACCCUACAGCAUUCGUUUGUCCAGCGAAGUUCAAAUGAGUGAGCUGUCAUUAGAGUUACUGCUUCUUCAAGUUAUAUUGCCAGCCUUACUCGAGCAAGGACAAAGUCGACAAUGGUUGAAAGGACUUGUGAAGGCUUGGCUUGUCUUCACUGCAUACUUAUUAAAUCUUCGCUCUUAUCUUUUGGGAGACGUUUCAUUGGAUAGCAAUGAAAAUGUUGUUUAUUACAAUCUUGAAUAUCAGCCUGUACUGCCCGUCGAAGCAAACGCAAAUCAGGCUGCUCCUCCCGCCGAACACGGCGAAUUUCGUGAAGGAGGACGGGUCGUGAUUCAACCUUACAUUAGACCCGAUCGUUUCUCUCUCAGGAUUACAUUGCUCAUGGUCAUUGUGUGUCUUUCUUUUGCUCUUGCAAGUUUUGUAAUUCUAACUUUACCAGUUGCCGUUGGUCGCUUUGCUAUGCAUCUGGUCGCCCCAGGCGUUAGUGUCCACGAGCUUUACACAGCCACAUUUGGACUGUACAUUACAUGGUUGUUAUGUCGGACAGCUGGUAUAAUUAUCUCGUGGUUACCGCUUGGUGUAGCUGGUAUAGCUGAUAAGGUGAAAACUUGGCUUUUGCUGGUUCUCAAAUGUUGUGUUCUUGCUGUCUUCCUUGUUGGAGUCAUUCCAUUUUUACUUGGUUUUAUAUUUGAGCUCGUGUUUAUGUCUCCUUUACGAGUUGCAGUUGAUCAAUCGCCUCUGUAUUUCCCUUCGCACGACUGGGCUCUAGGAGUUCUUCAUACGAAAAUAAUAUGUGCUAUGACAAUGAUGGGUCCCGAGUGGUGGCUCAAAGGAGUUCUGGAUCAGAUCUAUCAAAAUGGUCUUCGUCAACUUAACAUGACGUACAUCCUACGCAAGUUAGUCCUUCCUGUAAUAAUUGUUUUGUUGCUGGCGAUUACCAUACCUUACGUUUCUGCGAAUCUUUUUGUUCCCCUCGUUGUUCCAUCUCGACAAAUUCAACUGCUUUUCAUUCGUCAAGUUUAUCCAUUUCUGUUCGCCGUGCUGCUGCUGUUUGGUGGACUUGUAUUUCAAGGAAAACAAUUUCAAAGACUUUAUGAACACAUCAAGAAUGACAAAUAUCUUAUCGGAAGAAAACUGGUAAACUACGAUCACUCUCUUGCAUCAACUAGUUCCUCUUGACAUUAUUAUGACCGGUAUUCUCCUCACAAAGACCACUCUAUCCUUGAUCUGGUGGUGUCUACACAAACACAAUUAUCUAUGAUAAACACGACGGUUAUAGUGAGCUGAACCAAUGUUGUAGGUACACAUGGGAACUGUCAGGAAGAAAACAUCAAUGAUUUCAAUCAGUACAUAAAAAAUAACCCCGAUAUAUUAUAUUGAAAUGGAUUGGAAUGGAAUGGAAUGGAAUGUAGCUGCAAGAAUUACGUUUGUGCUGAGUCACUCGUUGGUUUGACUUCGCAUUAACUUAAAGGUGAUGAGAAACAGAGUGCCCUAAAUCGUAAUCGAACAAACCGGCCUAAAUAAUGGGUUAAAAUAAUUAAAUGAAAAAAAAUAGCAACGAAGUAUGUAUAGUAAAAAAUGUGCUUUUUUUACAAUUUUUUGCAAGAUGCUAUAACCUUUGAUUUUUCUUUGGAAAAUAUUUGAAAUAGAGUGUAUGUACAUUUGUU